CCGGGCCGCCCCACUGGUCCCCCCGCAGGGCGGAUGUCUCCAGGCGGGACUUCCCUGGGCAGAACCUCCCCGGGAGGAGGACAACGAAGACCGGGCUGUCUCAAGCCAGCCCAGGGCAGGCCCAUGUUUUCGUGCCAGUCGGGCAGUUUCCAGGGACAGACAGUUCUCUGCCUCUCCUGUCAGAGCUCUGGGGCCAGGAGGAAGGGCCAUUUUGUUGAGUUCUAAAAAGAAACCCAACAAACGGGGCGGGAGUGUGACAGAGCAGAGAAGCAGGGAAGGCAUGUGGUCGGUAAACAUCUCCGCAGGUUCAGCGGGCAGGGAAUGAAGGGAGUUCGCACCUGGAGCGUUUUACCGGCCCCGGCAGGAAACGUAGUGUGAAAAUGUCCCGAAGUGAAAAUGGAAGACUCUCUUUAGGGGAAGGGUUCCCAUCCCACCUCAUCAUGUCUCGUCGAAGCCAGCGCCUCACGCGCUACUCCCAGGGGGACGAUGACGGCGGCAGCAGCAGUGGCGGGAGCUCAGUGGCGGGGAGCCAGAGCACCCUGUUUCGAGACAGCCCUUUCAGGACCCUGAAGAGGAAAUCCAGCAACACCAAGCGCCUCUCCCCAGCGCCACAGCUGGGCCCCUCCUCCGACACACACACCUCCUACUACAGCGAGUCCGUGGUCAGGGAGUCCUACUUUGGCAGCCCCCGGGCUGCUUCCCUCGCCAGGAGCUCCAUCCUCGAUGACCAGCUGCAUAGUGACCCUUAUUGGAGUGAGGACCUGCGGGUGAGGAGGAGAAGAGGCACAGGGGGCACCGAGAGCAGCAAAGUCAACGGGCUGGUGGAGGCCAAGCUCUCCGAGGACUUCCUCGGGUCCUCCUCCGGCUACUCCUCCGAGGAUGACUACGUAGGAUACUCGGAGGCGGGCCAGCGGGGUGCAGGCUCCCGGCUCAGGAACGCUGUCUCUCGGGCAGGCUCCUUUCUCUGGAUGGUGGUCACCUUUCCAGGCCGCCUGUUCGGACUCCUUUACUGGUGGGUGGGCACCACCUGGUACCGCCUCACGACAGCUGCCUCCCUCCUCGACGUCUUUGUUUUAACCAGGCGCUUCUCAUCCCUGAAGACAUUCCUUUGGUUCCUCCUCCUGUUGCUGCUCCUGACGGGCCUGACCUACGGUGCUUGGUACUUCUACCCCUACGGGCUGCAGACACUGCACCCCGCCGUGGUUUCCUGGUGGGCAGCGAGGGGCAGCGGCCAGCAGCAUGAAGUGUGGGAGUCCAGAGAUUCCUCCCCACAUUUGCAGGCUGAGCAGCGCAUGCUGUCGAGGGUACACUCUCUGGAGCGGCGCCUGGAAGCUCUUGCUGCCGAGUUUUCCUCCAACUGGCAGAAGGAGGCCAUGCGCCUGGAGCGCUUGGAGCUGCGGCAAGGGGCUGCCGGUGCGGGAGGCGGCGGCGGCCUGAGCCAGGAGGACACGCUGGCGCUCCUGGAGGGGCUGGUGAGCCGCCGAGAGGCUGCCCUGAAGGAGGACUUCCGCAGGGACACCGCGGCCCGGAUCCAGGAAGAACUAAUCACCCUGAGAGCAGAGCAUCAACAAGACUCAGAAGACCUCUUCAAGAAGAUUGUCCAGGCCUCCCAGGAGUCUGAGGCUCGACUCCAGCAGCUGAAGUCUGAAUGGCACAGGAUGACCCAGGAGUCCUUCCGGGAGAACUCCAUGAAGGAGCUGGGGCGGCUGGAGGGCCAGCUGGCAGGCCUGCGUCAGGAGCUGGCAGCUCUGGCCCAGAAGCAGAGCUCGGUGGCGGACCAAGUGGGCCUGCUGCCCCAGCAGCUCCAGGCCAUGCGGGACAAUGUGGAGUCUCAGUUCCCUGCCUGGGUCAGUCAGUUCCUUCUCCAGAGUCGAGGAACCCGCACUGGGCUCCUUCAGCGAGAGGAGAUGCAGGCUCAGCUGCAGGAGCUGGAGAGCAAGAUCCUCGCCCACGUGGCCGAGAUGCAGGGCAGGUCGGCGAGGGAGGCUGUGGCCAGCCUGGGGCUGAGGCUGCAGAAGGAAGGCGUGAUCGGGGUGACAGAGGAGGAGGUGCACCGCAUCGUGAGCCAGGCCCUGAAGCGCUACAGUGAGGACCGCAUCGGGAUGGUGGACUACGCACUGGAGUCAGGAGGGGCCAGUGUGAUCAGCACCCGAUGUUCUGAGACCUAUGAGACCAAGACAGCCCUCCUCAGCCUCUUCGGCAUCCCCCUGUGGUACCACUCCCAGUCACCCCGAGUCAUCCUCCAGCCAGAUGUGCACCCAGGCAACUGCUGGGCCUUCCAAGGGCCCCAGGGCUUUGCCGUCAUUCGCCUUUCUGCCCGCAUCCACCCCACUGCCGUCACCUUAGAGCACGUGCCCAAGUCCCUGUCACCCAACAGCACCAUCUCUAGUGCCCCCAAGGACUUCGCUGUCUUUGGGUUUGAUGAAGACCUGCAGCAGGAGGGGACGCUUCUUGGCCAGUUCACCUACAACCAGGAUGGGGAGCCCAUUCAGACAUUUUAUUUCCAGGACCCUAAAAUGGCCACAUACCAGGUGGUGGAGCUGCGGAUCUUGACUAACUGGGGCCACCCUGAGUACACCUGCAUCUACCGCUUCAGGGUGCAUGGGGAGCCUGCCCACUAGGCCUUCCCCAUGUUGCUGCCAGCCAGCUGGGCAGCCAGCGUGCCCCCUUCUCUGGGAGUGGGCGAGCAGCACCCCUGCCACUUCUCCCACAUGCUUGAUCGGCGCACUGACUUCCAGGAGCGAGAACCCCUGCCCCAAGGACGUGAGGAAGAACAUGCAGCGCUUUCCUGGCAGCGGGCGCUCGAUGGGCACAGCUGCUCCAGCUCCUUCGCCCCCCUUGUGCCAGGCACCAGGUGCCUACUCCCCCUCCUGGGAGGGUGUAUAUAUGUAGCAUAUCAUGUGGGACUGAGGCAGGAGGUGAGAGUGGACAUGGUCCAGCAGUUGUGGGUAAGACCUGACUGCCUCUGGCCCACAGUGGAGGGGCUGGCACCCAGGAAGCUCUGUUGGGAGGCGUGUGAAUGACGCACAUGCCAAAGCCAUGGGUGACACAAGCUAGGGCCCGGGGCAGGGAAUUGAGGCCCUGUGGGAGGAGGCCGCUCAGUUCAGGUUGGGACUGGGCAGCAGGCAGGAAGCUCCUGGGAGACCGCGGCUCUCACAGAAGCCAGUGCUGUCCACCCAGGGGAGCUUGGCCCACGGGGUCCUCGAAGGGCUUCUAUAUACUGUAUUUUUCCUGGGUUGAGGUGGGCCGUGGGGCUACUUGUACCGUAGGUCUGGCUCCUGCAAACUUCUGAGGGGCCCAGGAGCCAGCCCUGUAGGAUCCCCUCAGCUGGGGACACUAGUUGCUUUUUCUCUUGAUGCUGGGACUGGGGCCUGCCUACCCCUUGAGCAAGCUUGCCACAUUCCCCCAGGGUACAUGGAGCCGAGGCUGUAGGGAUCUGGGGUCAGCUAAAAGCGUGGGAGCAGGGGUCUCCCUGGGCUCUCCUGAUGGCCCAGUGAUGAUGUGAUCAUGUUCAGGGUAUCGUGGCGGGAGGUCGGUCUGCCUUGUGGGCCCUGACCCACCCUCCAUUGCAAUCAGGUCCCUGGUGUAAGGGGCCCUCACUGUCAGCCACCCCCGUGGGGCUCUUUCAGCUCUUGCUCAGUCAUUUCCGUUCUGGCUUUUUUUCUAUGAGGGGCUGGGGGGUGGGCUAUGUGGGGCAGGGGCCGGAGGCAGGGGUUUUUUGACCCAGCAGGCCCUGCUGUAUUAUGUAAAGAUUUUUCAGGGUCUGUUUUUUAACUGAAAAGCUAAGGGCUUGAUUCCUAGCCCCGUUGUGUGGGGCACUGGGUGAUUUCGGGUCCUUGUAACCCGGCUGCCGAGAGGCUGUGGUGCAGGCAGGUGCCCUCAGGAGGAGGGCUGAGCCCUGCCUGGGCUCCUGCGGGUGGGGCUGGGAGGAAGGUGAGGCCCCAGGCCAUCCUGUGCUCCUCCAGCACUGGCCCCCACACAGCCCGUCCCCAGCUCUUCUGUCACAAAUGCUGCACUGUUGGGUUCUUAAUUUUUUUAUCUCCAGAUUCUAAUUUAUGCCUAUGCAAAAAAUAAAUUAUGCCCAGGACUAAUGGAAUAUGUGGUUUUUAUCUGGUCAUUGCACAGGGAAUCCACUCUUGGGAAAACGAGAAUGAAUUCCUAGUCAAAACAAUGCCUCAAAGACUUGCCCAGGCCUCUUAGCUAAAACUCAGCUGUGGCAGGGGAAAGUGAGGUGGCUUUAUUUAAGCUGACAUAGACAUUGCAUCAUGAAGCAGGUGGCUUUUCCUGCAUCGCGUAGAGCCAUUUGAGUAGAAGGGAGGUUACCUGAUUAGUGACCAUGUCUGCCUUUAGGGCUGCGAGCCUCCUCCACGGGAGUUAGACCUCUGCACCUUGUGUCUGGACUGUGAUAGGACAAGGAAGUGGGUCCCUUGAAGAGCCAGAAGCUGCCAGCUCAGGGAAAUACGUCCCUAAAUGCUUCCCCAGAUUCAGUGUCUCUCAUGAGCUGCCCAAAGGGCCAGGGGCUGUCCUCAAACUGGACCCUCAAACACACCUCUUGUCCUAACCACGACACCUGGUCCAGGGCCAGUCCCCAUCACAGCUGAGAAAAUAAAACCAGGAACAGACAGCAGGGCGGGGACUGGGGGAUGAACUGCCAGACGAGCCGGGUGGAGCACAAAUCCAGCCCUGAGGCCCUGGGCCAGUUCUGAGGCCCUGAGCUCGGGGUCCAGAAAGAGCUAGUGCUACAUCCGGCUCAGCACCCCCACCUACUCACUUCUCUCCGUUUCACUCACCACCACUCUGCAACGAGCACCAUUUUUCAACAAAGGGGACAUCCCCGAGUGGUACCAGUAGUGAGUCCCUGAAACUUGCCACACAGUCCCAGGGCUUGGGGCCUCUGCCCCCGUCCUCUGCGGCUAGGCACAUACCCUCUGCCUGUCGGCACACAUCCAGAUCCGAAGGGCCCCCCACAGC